UCGCCUUCCACCUUCCCACUCCUCACCUCCUCCUCCUCUCCACCCACCCACCAACCCACCCCACGCCGCGAUUCCGCGAAGCUGAGCUGAGAAUCGGAUGCCGGGGAGCGUGCCGCUGGCGCUGGGCCUGGACACGGCGGGGGUGCAGGUGCCCUGGUACUUCCGGUGCCCCAUCUCCCUGGAGCUGAUGCGCGACCCGGUGACGGUGUCCACCGGCCAGACCUACGACCGCGCCAGCAUCGAGUCGUGGGUGGCCACCGGCAACACCACCUGCCCCGUCACCCGCUCCCCGCUCGACCGCGCCUUCACCCUCAUCCCCAACCACACCCUCCGCCGCCUCAUCCAGGACUGGUGCGUCGCCCACCGCUCCCUCGGCGUCGAGCGCAUCCCCACCCCGAAGCAGCCAGCCGACCCCGACCUCAUCCGCUCCCUCCUCGCCCAGUGCCCCGCGCUCCCGCCGCUCCGCAAGCUCAGGGCGCUCGCCCGGGACUCCGACAAGAACCGCCUCGUCAUGGCCACCCACGAGACACGGGCGGCGCUCGUUGACAUGGCGUUUGGGACGAACGCUGGUGGGGAGGAGGUCGAGGCCGAGGCGAUGGCGGUUCUUGCUAUGGUUGGGUUGGGUGAGGCUGAGGCUGUGGAGGUGGUGGGGAGGAGGGAGAGGGUGGCGAGGCUCGGGGAGCUGCUGGUGAGUGGGGAAGGGGCGGCGACGACGACGGCGACGCUGGAGUGCAGGGUUAAUGCUGGGGCUGUGGUGGAGGCGGUUGCGGCGGUGUCCGGCGCGGACGCCAGGGCGGUGCUGGGCGCGGCGGAGGGGGUCAUGGAGGGGCUCGUCGCGCUGGUCGAGGAGAAGGCCCACGCGCGCGCCGUCCGCGUCGGGAUCCGUGGACUGUUCGCGCUCUGCCUCGCCAAGGAGAACCGCCCCCGCGCCGUCGCCGCCGGUGCCGCGGCGGCGCUCGCGCGUCGCGUCGCGGAGGGAGGCGGUGGCGCGGGGGAGCCGGAGCGCGCGCUGGCCGCGGUGGAGCGGCUGUGCCGGACGGAGGGCGGGCGCGACGCGGUGGUCGCGGGCGCCGGGGGAGGCGCGGCGGCGGUGUGCGCGCUGGUGCGCGCCAUGUCCGGGCGGUCAGCGGAGCACGCGGCGGGGGCGCUGGUGGCGGUGGUGGGCGGAUCGGAGCCGCUCCAGGUGGAGGCGGUCCGCGCGGGCGCCAUGAGCCAGCUCCUCCUCAUGGUGCAGGGCGGGUGCUCGGAGCGGGCGAAGCGGAAGGCGCAGCACCUGCUCAAGCUGCUCCGGUCGGCGUGGCCCGCCGCCGACUCCAUCGCCAACUCCGACGACUUCCUCCAACCAUACUAACAACCGCCAUUGCGGCCGGCGGCAGCGGCGGCGGUAGUAGCAACCAAGCAUCGACGACGGAGAAAAAAAAAAGAAAAGCUAAAAAAAAAAAAGAGAUUCGAUUCUUCUCCUCCUCUUCUCCAAUCAAAUUUCCAAUUUUGUAUAUGUAUGUAUCAGUUGGCACUAGUGGGACUCAUCUCCAUUCAAAUCAACCAAGAAAAAAAACAGGCACCAAUUCUCGUCCUC